CUUCUUCUGCCUGCCUCUCUACUGCUUCGCCCCCAGCUUCUUCUGCCUGCACCCCCUUGCUCUGUGCCCGCGCACAACCCCCCCCCCCCCUCAAUAUCCGUUUCGUGUUGGAGAAUGGCGCAGAAGAAAGGAUCAAGGGUUUCGGAAGAGCCGGAGGAGCUGGUCCACGUCCCACUGCAGGCCAUCCUCUUGGCUGACAGCUUCACUCAGAAGUUCCGCCCCAUAACUCUCGAGCGCCCUAAAGUACUCUUGCCACUAGUUAAUGUCCCAAUGAUUGAUUACGCAUUAGCCUGGCUUGAAUCCGCUGGGGUGGAAGAGGUCUUUAUCUUUUGCUGUGCUCAUUCAAAGCUAGUAAUUGAUUAUCUGGAGAAGUCCGAGUGGUUGCACCAACCAACAUUUUCAGUGACAACAAUUGAGUCACAUAAUUCUACGAGUGCUGGCGAUGCUUUGCGUUUGAUUUAUGAGCGAAAUGUGAUACACGGAGAUUUUGUACUCGUAAGUGGCGACACUGUCAGCAACAUGAGCUUAACUCAGGUACUUAAAGAACAUAAGGAGAGGAGGAAAAAAGAUAUGCAAGCGAUAAUGACGAUGGUCAUCAAACAGUCUAAGCCUUCUCCCAUAACACAUCAAACUCGACUUGGAAAUGACGAGCUGCUCAUGGCAAUUGAUCCUGAAACGAACCGGCUUCACUAUUAUGAGGAUAAGACAGACCAUUCAAAAGGCAUUAUUUCUCUUGACAAGUCAUUACUAGCAGAAAAUCCUGCUGUUUAUUUGCACAAUGACAAGCAGGAUUGCUUCAUUGAUAUUUGUGCUCCAGAAGUUCUUAGUCUUUUCACAGACAAUUUUGAUUAUCAACAUCUUCGCCGUCAUUUUGUCAAGGGGUUGCUUGUUGAUGAUAUCAUGGGUUACAAAAUUUUCACUCAUGAAAUUGACUCAAGCUAUGCGGCUAGAAUAGAUAAUUUCAGGAGCUAUGAUACGAUUAGCAAAGAUAUACUUCAAAGGUGGACAUAUCCUUUUGUGCCAGCUGUUCUAUUUUCUGGAAAUUGCCCCCUUGUUAAGCUAGAAAGGCAGGGAACAUAUAGAGCAUCAGAUGUUACACAAUCGCGCUCGGCACAAAUUGGUCCAUUUUCGUUUGUUGGAAAAGGCACUAUCAUUGGUGACAACACUACCAUAACAAAUUCAGUUAUUGGCGAAGGGUGCACUAUUGGAUGUAAUGUUUCAAUUGAAGGUUCCUAUAUUUGGAAUAAUGUCACCAUUCAAGAUGAUUGUAAACUAAGUCAUGCAGUAGUUUGCAAUGAUGUGGUUAUAAAGGCAGGAGCAGCUCUGAAACCUGGCGUUAUAUUAUCAUUUAAGGUUGUAGUUGGACCACAAUUUGUUGUUCCUGGUUAUUCGAAGGUAUCAUUACUUGCUCAACCCACCAAGCAAGACAGCGAUGAGGAACUCGAGUAUGCAGACAGUAGCAGUGGGGUCAUAGAAAGUCAAUCAAGUACUAGCGUUGCAGAUGUUGCGAAUGGAGAGUCCAAACCAUCUUACUCACAAUGUUGUGGCACAUCUGAGGUUGGGUUUUCAGGAGCUGGUUACAUAUGGUCAGUUUGUGAGGGAGGCCUUGAAGAAGAAUGGAGGCACUCGGUUGCACCAACUCCUUUAGAUAAACUUACAGUGAUAUUCCCUGGCGCAGAUGAUGAUCUUGAUUUAACAAACCAAGAUGGCAGCCUUCUUCCAGCUUCUGGAGAGUUGAUUCCUGACUCUGGGAGUGUUGCUUCUGAUGAUGAUGCCAGUGAAGUUUUCAAGGGCGAUUAUGCAUAUUUUGAGAAAGAGGUGGAAGCAACUGUUUUAAGGGCUGUUCAUGAAGUUCCUGGUGUGGACCAAAAUAAUUUGAUCAUAGAAGUGAAUUCACUUCGGUUGUCAUACAAUAUGCAAUUUACUGAUUGUGCUGCAGCAAUAUUUUACUCGGUGAUCAAAUUGGCAUUGGAAGAUCCCCACAGUACUAAUGGAGAGCUACUUAGUAAUGUGAAGAAAGUAAUUUCUAAGUGGAAGGAUCUUUUGAAGUAUUACCUUCACACAGUAGAUGAGGAGUUUGAAGUGAUACAGAAAUUUGAAGAGAUGUGCUUGGAGUCUUCCAGGGAAUUUUCUCCUUUAUUUGCAUUGGUUUUGCAUGAACUUUAUGACAAAGAAAUUGUGUCAGAAGCUGCGAUUCUCCAAUGGGAAUCAGAGAAAGAAGGAGCUGAUGAGUCGGAUAAAAUAUUUGUGAAGCAGUCAGAACAAUUCAUCAAGUGGCUGAAAGAAGCACCAGAAGAGUCAACCGAUGAGGAAGGAUGAGUGAUCGAUUGAAGUCUCAUCAUUCAGAUGUUCCUGCCUAUUUGUUGUGUCUAGAUUAUUUCUUCAUGGUUUGCAGUUGGAAGUUGGAACUAACUACCUCACAAGUGGGAAACCUCAAGAUCAGCACUGGGUAUUUCUGCUGCAGAGACACCGGCCAGGAUCAAUUCAUCAUUCACUCCCUGAUUAACUUCAGUGGCUGUAGUGUGCCUAUGGUGAUGAUUGACAAUCCAUCUGCCUGCUCAAUGUUCUUUCUGCUGCUGCUCAUGACGCUUCAGAACUCCAACCUGGUUCUAGAUUCCUUAACAUGGUCAUUAGUGUCAAAGUUUCUUAGUAAAAUGGCAAUUUUUGGAAGAACUAUUUAUAAUACACUUCAAGUUGAGAUUAGUUUUUUGCAGAAACCAAUAGCUAUAGUCUUAUUGUGCGUUUAGAUGUACUCUGCAAUCACUUGUCUCAUUUCUCACAAGAGGAAAUGGGCGCAAAAAAUCCUGUCUUGGAUUGAUUUUUGCCAACUCAACUGGGAAGGCAAAGCUUGAAACCUCCUGCUUCAAAA